CCCCUUCCUCGAUGAGGAUUAUGACAUUUCAUUACGGAGUUCCUUUGGCCACCUUUCUGCUCCAUCAUUAGAUCAGCUCCAUGAUACCAAUUAUUGGAUAGUCAUGUGAUUUACAUAUGUGUGCAAAAUUUCAGCUCAAUCGGAAACCGAAAAUGGAGUCCAAAUCCUCAGUGCGGGAGUUUUACAAAGGCAAAAACGUGCUUGUGACCGGGCCCAGUGGGUUCAUGGGCAAGGUGUUGGUGGAGAAGCUGUUGUAUACCAUCCCGGACAUUGGACGUGUGUACUUGGUCUUAAGACCAAAGUGGGGCAAGACCGUUCAAGAGCGGCUGGAGCAUAUGCUUAGUUCACCGAUGUUCGAAAGACUUCGAAAAGAGCAAAAAGGUGCUUUCGAGAAAAUGAUACCAAUACAAGGAGAUGUUCUCAAAGACGAUUUAGGAAUAUCAAAUGAAGACAUGAAGAUUCUUUCGGAGGAAGUAUCUAUAGUGUUCCACAUGGCGGCCAUUUUGAAGAUGGAGGCUCCGCUGAAGGAUAGCGUGGCUAUGAAUACCGCUGGGACACAGCGUGCCCUUGAUGUCGCUAGGAGGUUUAAGCAUCUGGUGAUGUUUGUACAUGUGUCGACAGCUUUCUGUUAUCCUGAGUAUAAAGUUUUAGAGGAAAAGUUCCACGAUCCACCAGUGAACCCCAGCGACAUCAUGCGUAUGUGCGAAUGGUUAGAUGACAAGCAAGUCUCUCUCCUCACACCGUCUCUGCUGGGCCAACAUCCCAACACAUAUACGUAUACGAAGCGGCUAGCUGAGAGCUUGGUCUACGAUGCGCAUCCGGAGAUACCCUGCGUUAUUGCUAGACCCUCGAUAGUGUGCCCCGCAUAUGCUGACCCUAUACCUGGUUGGGUGGACAACCUCAACGGGCCCGUGGGCCUGAUUAUAGGCGCCGGCAAGGGCGUCAUCCGAACCAUGCUCUGCGAUCCCAGCAUAUAUGCGCAGGUCAUUCCUGUGGAUGGUGCUAUCAACGCCAUUAUAGCACUAGUGAUGAUUGAGGCGGCAAAAAAAUCUGAAAACAUACCCAUCUACAACUUGAACGUGGGACACAAAAAGCCAACAACAUGGGGUGAAGUUUUAAAAUGUGCCAAAGAAUAUACUUGGAAAUACCCCGUAUCUUUUCCCUUGUGGUACCCCAACGGAGAUAUUACCACCAAUGUUGUUGCGCAUGAAAUCAAACGCGUUCUGUUCCAUUUGGUCCCGGCGUAUAUCAUUGAUUUCUUUCUUCUUAUCUUUAGACAGAAAAGAUUCAUGGUAAGGGUACAGGACAAAAUCUCAAGAGGUCUGGAGCUGCUCCAAUACUUCACUGUACGUGAAUGGCAUUUUCCCUGCCCCAACUUCGAAGCUAUCCAUAAUACGCUGUCCGAAGAAGAACGACUAGUGUACAUAACGCACAAAGAUCCAAAAGAGUUUGAUAUGUGGGACUACUUCCACAAAGGAGUUGAGACGGGUCGCGUUAUCUGCUUGAAGGACGAUCUUUCGAAAAUACCGUUAAAUAGAAUUUACUUUAAAUUCCUGUACGUACUUGACAGUGUAGUGAAGAUCGUGUUCUGGUGCUUCGUGCUAUCGUUCAUCGUGUCGUGGUGUCAACCUUUACGAGACUUUCUGGCCUUCGGCGAACCGAUAGUGAGGCGUGUACCAUUUGUAGGCUCGGCUGUGUUUCAUAAGUAACUUGUGGGUAUUGUUUGAUUUAUGUGGAGUAGUCUUUCUCCUCGUUCAACUUAGGAAAUCUACUUAUAAGGAUGUCAAUGAUGGAUGAUGUUGGUAUUUCAUGAAAUCUUAUUUAUUUC